AUGAAGCCUAUAAUCAUUCCUCAAUAUCGUAUUCAAUUAAAACAUAAAUUUUACAUUAGAAAAAGAAUAUAUAGAGAAUUAUUAUGUGAAUUUUGUUGUACAUGGUUUUUAAUGUUUGCUGGGACAGGGAUAAAUCUUAAUGAAUCUUUAAGAAAUGGACCAGGAAAAACUUUUUUAUCAGGAAAUGUUGGAUGGGUACUUGUAGCUGGUAUGGCAAUUCAUAUGGGAUAUAAUAUCACUGGAUCUCAUAUGAAUCCUGCUUUUAGUUUUAAUUCAUUUUUACUUGAUAUGCUUACAUUUAAAAAUUUUAUUUUUUAUUCAAUUGUCCAAACUCUUGGUUCUUUCUUUGGUUCAUUUUGUGCAUAUUAUGCUUUUAUUGAUGCGAUUAAUAAUUAUGAUAGCGGUUAUCGUCAACUUUAUGGAGAUAAAGCGACGGCUCAUUUAUUUGCCACUUUUCCUUCUCCACAUCUCAGUUUUGUUGGAGGGAUUGUAGAUCAAUUUUUAGCAUCCUUUACUUUAGCAAUAUGUGUAGGUGUAGCAACAGAUAUCAAUAAUCAAAUUCCAAGAUGGGCCCAACCAUUCAUAAUAAGUACAGCAAUUGGUAUUAUUGGAGGAAGUUUGGGUUUAAAUGCUUCAAAUGCUAUGAAUCCUGCCCGUGAUCUUGGACCACGAGUAUUAUUAUUUAUUGUAGGAUAUGGUUGGGAAGUAUUUUCAUUUAAUAAUUACUCUUGGUUUUGGAUCCCAUUAGUUAUCCCAAUGAUUGGAGUACCAGUUGGUACAUGGACCUAUAAUAUCCUAAUAUCCUUUCAAAUAGAAGACGAAUUAUAUUUUCACGAUUUACAAUCUGAGUACCAAAAUAAUCGUCUUGAAAAGAUUGAACAAAAACUAAAAAUUUUAGAAAAAAAUAACGAAAAAGGGGAAAAUUUUAAUUUUAAUACAUUUAAAACAAAUAUUAUUGGUGACGAUUAUUUUAUAUGUUAA